AUGCUCAAUAGUGGUUGUGAAGAGCCGAAGAGGUUACAUAAAGUUACAGCAGUGGCAGGAAUCUACUUUUCUGCUCAGUCUGGAAAAGCAGAAAAAUUGCCCAUUUACCCUGAGAUCCCAACCUCCUGGAAAGCUGUACGGUGUGGUUUGGACUUUAAAGAAGAUCUGGAUUUCUUGCUGAAAGGGAUUUCAGAGUUUGACAUCCAGUGUGGAUCAAUUGCCUCUGCAGCUCUGGUCCAUGGUCCCCUAGCUUUUCCCAUCUGUACCACGGAUAAGGGAGAGGCGUUCCUUGCAGGAUCCUACUUUGGGCUGGGACGCGUCAUUUUGGUGACACAUGAGGGCUUCUUACAACACGAGAAGCUGGCAUCAUUUUGGAAGAAUGCAUUCCAUUGGUUGGACCAAGGCAGGGACGGAGUUGUUGGAUUUGAGCAGGGCAUCCAGACUUUACCCAACUUGGGGUUAAAGUGUGAGACCACAGAGUUCAGACAGGAUCUUAGCGUGUUUGUGUGUCCACCAUACAGUAGCGUAGAUUCUGAGACGAUCCAAAAGUUUGUGGCAGAGGGAGGAGGACUGGUGAUUGGGGGACAUGUCUGGAACUGGGCUGCAACAAACACUGGGAAAAACCCCAUGAAGGAUUUCUCAGGAAACAAGAUCCUGAACAAAACGGGCUUGAGCUUGUUGAAAGAAACCAUAACAUCAGGCGUCUACAAAGCUCCUGAUCCAAGCCAGGUCAACAACUUCCAGUUCCGUCAUCUUCUGCAUCGCUUUGCUGAAUAUGUUCUGGAAGGCGCAGAACUCAGCAAGCAAGAUGAAGAGCAUCUUAAGAGGCUGGGAGGAGAUUGUGCCUCCUUCCUAAGGAUGAAGGCUUAUGACAGUUUCUGCUACGUAGAGAUUAUGUCGCUCCUGACUGACAUCCUGAAGAAAGGGGGAAUACCCAAGGUGAGUGAGAAGAUCUCAGUGAAGAGUCCCAAAGACCACAUGCUCCUCAGCCUGGCAUCAGAUGUCUACGAGGCUUCUCUAAACAAGGAGGAGCUUCUGCCACAGAUCAUCAAGGUCGAUCCAGUACCUGUGGUCAAGAACCAAAGCAUCAAGAUCCAGGCCCAAACAGGAGAAAAUGAGGAGUGGAUCAGUACAGGCCUGUACCUCUCUCCUGGCAUGAAGACAAAGAUUAUCUUACCGCCAAAGCUUGUUAACACUGGAUGGAAGAUCCAGAUAGGCUGUCAAAGUGAUGAGCUGUAUAAAGAGGAGUUAUGGAGAGCGCCGUAUGUGAUCAAGAGGUUCCCCGUUACAACAGAGAGGAUGCAGGUGUGUAACAUGUGGGGGGGACUCAUCUACCUGCUGGCGCCACGUGACGUAAAGGUGGAGGAGGAAAUCGUGGUUGAGGAGGCAGUAUCUGCUCCUUAUUACAAGUCUGGUGUGACAAAAGAAGCAGAUUGGUCCUCUCUGCGCAAAGCUCCGGCCCCCUGGGCAGAGAUGGAGUUUGACAACAUCAUCCUCACUGUACCGUCGCACAUCGUUCGAGACCUGGAGAGCCCUCUGGAGGUGGGGAAAAUCUGGAAUGACAUCAUGAAGGGUGUUGCAGAUCUGGCUGUCAUUCCACAAAAAUUCAUCCGCAAAGAGCGCAUUGUGGCUGAUGUGCAAAUUUCUGUGGGUUACAUGCAUGCAGGUUAUCCUGUCAUGAUGCACUCAAAUGUAGCAAAAAGGACCCUCGACGCAGAGUAUAUCAAGACCAAUGGUCUGUGGGGAGAACUUCAUGAACUGGGACACAACCAACAGAGAAGCUGCUGGGAGUUCCCCCCCAACACCACAGAGGCAACAUGUAACCUGUGGCCGCUGUAUAUUAAUGAGGAAGUGCUAGGAGUCAGCAGGGCAAAGGCUAAUGACGUGACACCAGAGUAUAGAGAAAAAUGCAUCAGAGAAUACGUUGAAGGGGGCAGAAAGUUCAGUGACUGGUACACAUGGACUGCUCUGGAAACUUACAUGGAGCUCCAGGACAAAUUUGGCUGGGACACCUUUAAAAAGGUGUUUGCAAUUUACCAUGAAAUGAAGACCUACCCCAGAGACAACGAGGGAAAGAUUAACCUGUAUGCUGAGACUUUCUCCAGAGCUGUUAAAAUGAACCUGACUGGAUUCUUCAAAGCCUGGGGAUGGCCCAUUAAACAGGACACCGAGAAGAAACUGUCUGACCUUCCUCUCUGGACCGAUCACCCCAUGGCCCAGUAUGCCUAGAAAUCCCAAUCAGAGCUGGUUUAAAAUAACAGAUCCACUUUCUUUUAAUAUGGUUAGUAUACUGCGGGCAUUAUUUAGGCAUAUCCAAAUGAAGAAAUGUAAUAAAUCCUGUUUCAGUUAUAUUAGAUUGUAUUUCUGAUAUCAAAUAUAUCUUUGAGAAAAUGAAAACCUUACUUAACGGGACAGUUAAAGAAUAAGACACAUUUUAAGAACUAUGCUGAGUACGCAAGGAAGCACAGUAAAACAUCUAUUCAACCUCAAGAUUGUACCAGUACUGUUAAAACACAAUGAUUGCUUCAUGAAGGUUCAGAAAUGUAGCUCUGGUAUUUCUCCUUUGCUAUGGGAUUUUUUUUUCAGGGGGACAUGAAAUACAAUAAAUAUGAGCUCCAAUUAAAUAU